AUGAGCGCCCCCGUUGAGUUUGAGACAGAGCACUUCAAGGGAAGAGUUCAGGUGCUUUUCAAGCGGCCGCCGGGGCUGCAGGCUGCCGCAGCCGAGGAGCUGCUGCGCGGCAAGAAGCGACAGAUUUGGGUCGCCCUGCAGGGCCGGGUGAAGCGCCCCAUCCCUCUGGACGACCUGCAGUGUGGCGCCUGGUACACGCGCCCCCUGCAGCUGCCGGCCCAGUUCAUCCUCACACCAGCGCUCGAGUGGCUCGGCCGAAGGUUGGGCGGCGGCCUCGAGCUGCGGGUCGGCGGCGACACCCCCCACGUCGCGGGGCCCCUCUGCUCCGGCGCGCAGCUGCUCAACAUCUCAGUGCCGGGGCAGGAGCCGGGGCUGUUUGAGGCCGAGGAGGACGCGCGCCUGCUGCUGGGGGACGGCGGCGGGGAUCACGUGAUCACCAUGUACUAUUAUGACCACAGCUUCAACUACGAGACGUUCCGGAUGGCUGUCCCUCCCUUCCACCUCGACAUGGUGCGCCUGAUGGACGCGCAGCCUGUGGGCAUCAGCCUGAGGGACCGCGCCACAGGGGACUUCCUCUUCCGCUUCGAGGUGUGGCACCGCCGCAUGCUGGACCAUUUGGAGGAGCACAAACACCGCAUACAGGCGCACGCGGCGCGCGCAGCCGCCCUGGCGGCCCCCGGCGCCGGCCCCGCGGCGGCACACCCCCACGACGACGCCUCCCAGCUGCACCCAGCGGGCGCGCACGGCGCCCUGGGCGGCGCGGAGGGCAUGAGAGAGUUACAGGACAGCAGCGGCCGUGGAGACCCCGGGCCAGCCGAGGGGGGCAAGCUUGUCGGGUCGACUGCCAAGGCUGUGGCGGCGGCGGCUGACGCCGGCGGCGAGGACGACACGGGCCCCGCAUACGACGCGUUGGCGCUGAUCUGA